ACUGGUAAAGAAUAUUUUAGUGACUUGAAGACUGAAAAUAAUUUCUUACAGAGAAGAACAGUAGCCAAAAAUUCCUUCACCUGCUCUCACUGUGGAAAAAGUUUCACACAAACAGGAAACCUUAACACUCACUUAAGAAUUCACACAGGAGAAAAGCCUUUCAAAUGCCCUCAGUGUGGAAAAUGUUUUACACAAAAAGAAAGCCUUAAAACUCACUUAAGACUACACACUGGAGAGAAGCCCUUCACAUGCCUUCAAUGUGGAAAAAGUUUCUUAUGUCAAAGAAACCUAAAGAUUCACAUGAGAAUCCACACUGGAGAGAAGCCUUUCACCUGCCAUCAGUGUGGAAAGGGUUUUUCUGUGGGAGCAAACCUUAAGAGUCACCUGCGACUUCACUCCGGAGAGAAGCCUUUCACCUGCCUUCGGUGUGGAAAGAGUUUCACACAGAAAGGACAGCUUGAUGUUCACAUGAAAAUUCACACUGGAGAGAAGCCCUUCAAGUGCCAUCAGUGUGGAAAGAGGUUUGCACAUAAAGGAAAUCUUCAGCGUCACAUGAGAAUUCACACUGGAGAGAAGCCUUUCACCUGUUCUCAAUGUGGAAAGGGUUUCAAACAAGCAGGCAAUCUCACACUUCAUCUGCAAUAUCAUUCUGGAUUAAAGCCAUUUAACUGUGAUCAGUGUGGAAAGACAUUUACGGGGGCAUCACAGCUAAAGUUACACAUGACAUCUCAUGCAAACGAGAAGCCUUAUGUGUGUUCUUUUUGUGGAAAAAGUUUUGUUACAUCAGGACACCUGAAAUCACAUGAGAGAGUGCAUACUGGAGAGAAGCCAUACCACUGCACUUCAUGUGAGAAGAGUUUCAGCCAAUCGCGUAGUCUACAGACUCAUUUAAAAAAGUGUUGUGCAAAUAGUAAGCAAAUGUAAUUUCGAGGUCAACUAUUAUUCAUGUAAAAACGUAAUUCUUCACUAGUCAGUUCAACUUUAUUCAGUCCACUACAUCUGGUGACUGUAAAGAUUUGGCACAGAAAGGUCAAAUGAUCAUAUUUUUGCAUAUAAAUGAACUUAAACAUGUAUAACCGGUAUCUACUAAAUUUGAAGCUGUUAACAUUAGAAUGAAAGAAUUACCCUUUUGCAUAUCACACAAAAAUAGUCAAAUUAAAUUGGGGUUUAUAUUUUCUUUGUUACAAAGAAAUCACAUAAUUGAUUGAUUUUUACAAUUUCAACUAAUGUUGGCAACAGAGGUGUACUAUAAAUGUUGAAUUAGGCUUCUACAGGUACUGUACGUUAAGGUUUUAUGAAAUUUAAAACUCACAUUGAUUUAAGGAUGCUUUUUUUGUCAAGGACAUUCUCACUCCUAAAUCAAUGCAUCGCAGUUUGCUGUUGUGGUUAAAGACUGCUUUAUAAUCCUAGUUGAUAGUCAUUGAAACUUGUAAACACGUUUUUCUUAUUCAUGUCUGUUUCCAUGAUGACUUGUUGAUUUGGUGCUCUGCUGAGUUUGUCUUUCUGAUUUUACAGUGUAAAUAUUUCAAACGCAACACUGAGUAAACUAACUCCAGACUAGCAUUCUGGUGCCAACAGUUGUUCCAAAGUAAAAAGAAAGGCAUGCCUGUUUGGAAUGACAUGAGGGUGACGAUAUUACUGUUAAUUUUGGGUGAACAAUUCCUUGUAAGUUUUAACCUUUGUUAAAAGAAAAUGAAUUCAAAGAGCAGCUUGACUUUUAAUUGUUAAAUGGGUUUUAAAAUGAAAAGGAAAAAAAAAAAAGAACCUAAAAUACAGACAGUAUUUGUGUAAUGGGAAAUGCUGAUCAACUAGCAUUAGACUCUCUUCCAAUCUGUGAAUCCCUCAAAUUGGAAAGCAAAAGACCAUAACAAAAAUAAAAAGCAACAAAACCAAUGCUGGUUUUUGGCCUUGACAUCAGGUCAUGAAAUUCACAGAUGGAGUUUGUUUUUCAGGACCUGAACCUCAUUGGAAAGCUUGU